UACGUGGUGGACUGCGGCUAUGCCCGUCUGCGCUCAUACAAUGCCAAUAUCGGCCUCGAAGCCCUUGUUGUCGUACCCGUCUCCAAAGCCUCGGCCAAUCAACGGGCCGGAAGGGCCGGACGCGUCCGCAUGGGAGAGGUCUACCGACUGUACACAGAGGAGGCCUACGAGAACCUCCUACCGCGUUUCACCGCGCCAGAGAGCCAACGCUCCGAUCU